CGCUCGGCGCUGCACGGCGCGGCAACGUCGCGUCUGCCGCCACCUGCCGCGCUGCACCGCGCCCUCAUUGAUCGUACGUCAGUUGCCGCGGCAACGCUGCGAGAUCAUCAUGGUGUUCAGUAAAAUACAAAUGUCAGACAGUGCCACAAUGAAAUUAAUUAAAGAAGUGCAGAAACACGGAUGUAUUUGGAAUCCUGAGGACGAAAACUACAGCGAUAGGCAGCAUUUGUUGGUGGCGUGGGACGAAAUAGCGAAAGCGCUUGAUAUGCCAGAAGAUGUCAUCCGUGGAAAAUGGAAGAUUCUGCGUGACUUCUUCAAAAGGGAAGUAAAAAGGAAAAAUGUCACUUCCGUGGAAGAUUACAAAGGGAGAUGGCGAUACUUCAAUAGCCUCGGCUAUCUACUACAUCUGUCCUUACCAAGAGCAGAAGAGGAUGACGAACGCACGAGCGAAAAAGUCGAUGUUGAGAUAGAAUACGAACCGAAGUACGCCCCAGACUCAAACCUUGAAGUGUAUUUAGAGGAUCCUAUUCCAGAAAAACGCUUCAAACCAAAUGAUUCAGAGGACUACGAUUUGAUGUUCUUGAAGUCACUUAUCCCGUUUUUUAAGCAACUGGAGCCGACUAGGAACUUGGUCGUGAGGAGCAGGAUACAAGACAUGCUGCUGAAUGAGAUAGCUGCACAGAAUAUGAACAGGAAUAAGAUUCCCUACAAAAAUUACAAAUGCCUCAACGCUUGCUGCACGACGCGGCAACGUCGCGUCUGCCGCGCCGCGCCCCUUCGACCGCGGCGUCAGUUGUCGCGACCACGCCGCGCGAUAGACAUGGCGUCCAAAAUCCAAAUGUCAGACAGUGAUAUUUUGAAGUUAAUUAAAGAAAUAAAGAAACAUGGUUGUAUUUGGAAUCCUGAUGAUGAUAACUACGGCGACAGGUCCCAGCUGUCUGUAGCGUGGGCGGACGCCGCGAAGACGCUGGAUAUGCCAGAGGACAUCAUCCGCGUAAAAUGGAAGAACCUCCGCGAUUUCUUUAAGAAAGAAAUCAAAAAGAACGACGUUAAUUCAAAAGACGAUUACGGGGGAAGAUGGCGGUACUUCAAAAGCCUGAGUUACCUCCUACGACCAGAGGAAGAGGGAGACGAACAAACAGAUAGCGACCAAGAAGAGAAAGAGAUAGACUAUGAAACUAAAUACAUCCCAGAUACAAAUCUCGAAGUGUAUUUAGAAGAAGAUCCGCUUCCUGAGAAACGCUUCAAAAUGGAUUAUGAAGACUAUGAUUUGAUGUUCUUGAAGUCGCUGACGCCAUUUUUGAGGCAACUUGAACCUACUAGGAAUUUGGUGGUCAGGAGCAGGAUGCAAGAGAUGUUACUGAAUGAGAUAGCUGCGCAGAAUAAGAAUAGGAAUAAGUUAUAGCGCAGGAAAAGUGCCAGCCCGGAUGGAGACUUGUGUAAAGUCAAACGAGAAUAUGAAAGUUAGAAUUAAUUAUCUCAUUUUCAUAAAUAUUAUUUAUUUACACAGUUAAAUAUACUGAGGUACUACAAUACAAAUACUAAACUAAAUUAACAACUACAUACAUGUAUACAUACAUACCUUAAAUCUAUAAUAGGCCCUUGAGGCAUUGUACCAAGGAUGAUGGCACCAUUUCUUCGUUGUACCGCAAUACUGAUACGUUUUGCGAGGAAGCCGCCAGCUCUUCGGUCACCAGUUAUGUUCUAGUUAGGUCAGGGUUAUGUUCUAGUUAGGUACUCAUAAAAAUUCAAUAUAAAUGAAAUCGUGGCUGGUGGUCUCACUUAGACAGUGGCAGUUAGACAUUUUUGUGUGCUUGGUGAUUAAUUUAUGAAGAAGUCAAGACAGAAGUUUGCUUUGUGCAGUGUUUGGAAGGAAGAUUAGUGACAUUUUAAGACGAGAAUAAGUUGUGAUUUAAUUAGUGACUUCAACAGUAUGAAGCCGAAACAUUUCUUUCUAACGAGUAGUUACAGUUAGUGGUAGUCAGUGUAUCACAGUUAUAUGGUCCAAAAUUACUCGAAUAUCUCCGAUUAGGUGUAAUUAUUGGGGUCCCUUUGUUUCCCAUAAAGUUAUAAGUCAUAAUGUAACGUUUGUCAUAUUGUCGUUAGUCAUAAAACUGAAACCGUUAACUUUUCAGGAUUUUCGUAAGGUAUAGGUUAGGUUUGUUUUAUGCCAAUCCUGAAAAGUUACGCGUUUCUGAGAAAAACCAAUUAUGACUAACUCCCAAAUAGUUUU